GAAAUGCCCAACUUUAAGUUUUUCACUGACACUUCUAUUUUUUUUCUUUCAUCAUGGCCAAGUCUGGAUUGAGUUCGUCAGCUCUCACUCGGCUAGCUCAGACGAGCCGUAUUUUGGAUAAUCCAAAAUGGAAUCACCUCAAGAACAUUGUCUUUUUUCUCGUCGUGAUCAACUACUGGUGCAAAUUCUACUCCAAGGUCGUGGUCGGUGGGCCUGUCCGGGCAGUCAAGGACUUCAAAGCCCAUAUCAUGAGUGUAUUUUUCAGACAACUCCGUCGUCUUCCUUCAGUGCAAGCCAAGAUCGAUGCCGAGCUUAACAAGACAUUGGCGGAAAUGGAGCAUUCCAUGACAUCGCGAGAAGGAGAUAUCGUACCCAAUUAUAAACUUCCUCUUCACGGUCUGCAGAACGAUCAAGUGUUGGAACGUCUUCAAGCAUUGAGAAAGAUGAAGGCAAGGGACUGGGAAGGUGGCAGGGUCUCGGGCACCAUUUAUCACGGUGGUGAAGAUUUGACGAAUCUGUUGGCGGAAGCUUACCGUUUAUUUGCCGUUUCAAAUCCUCUGCAUCCCGAAGUAUUCCCUGGUGUGAGACGCAUGGAGGCUGAAUCGGUAGCCAUGGUCUUGAGCAUGUACAAUGCCCCCGUCACCGGUUGUGGUACCAUGACCAGUGGUGGCACCGAAAGUAUUAUUAUGGCUUGCAAAGCGUAUCGUGACAUGUAUAAGGAUUUGAAAGGCAUUCGAUACCCUGAAAUGGUGGUUCCCGAAACGAUUCAUGCUGCUUUUAUGAAGGCCGCAGGUUAUUUUAACAUCAAGCUGAUCAUGGUUCCCGUUGAUCCAGUUACCUACAAAGUGGAUGUAAAAAAGAUGGGACGAGCUAUCACACGCAACACAAUCAUGAUUGCGGGUUCGGCGGUGAACUUCCCUCACGGUAUUGCUGAUGAUAUUGUGGCUCUGGGCAAAUUGGCCAAGAAACACAAGGUCGGACUUCACGUCGAUUGUUGCUUAGGCAGCUUCAUCAUGCCUUUCCUCGAAAAGGCCGGUUUCCCUACCACACCAUUUGAUUUCCGAGUCGAUGGCGUCACUUCGAUUUCAUGUGAUACACACAAGUAUGGUUUCGCCGCCAAGGGAUCUUCUAUUGUCAUGUAUCGUGACAAGGUGAUCCGUAAAUAUCAAUACUUCCUUUGCGCAGACUGGACCGGUGGUAUUUAUGCAUCACCCAGUGUGGCGGGUUCAAGACCUGGUGCGUUGAUUGCCGGUUGUUGGGCAGCAUUGAUGAAGAUGGGUGAAGAUGGUUAUUUGGAUUCCUGCAAAAAGAUUGUCGGCGCUCGAAGCAAGAUUGAAGCUGGUAUCCGAGAAAUCCCUCAACUUCAUGUCAAGGGAGAUCCCAUUUCAUCUGUGGUAGCAUUUGGUGCCAACGACCCGAUCAAUAUCUACGAUGUGGGUGAUGAAUUAUCGAAACGUGGAUGGGAUGUGAGCGCAUUGCAAAACCCCCCGGCUCUUCAUAUUUCCGUAACGCUUUUGUGGGUGCCUAGCGCAGACCAGUUUGUGGAAGAUUUGAAGGAUGUUGUUCUCCAUUUGGUAGCUAACCCCACCGGCAACAAAGGCAGCACCGCGGCCAUUUAUGGUACCGCAGCAAGCAUACCGGAUAAAUCAAUCAUCAACGAUGUGGCGGCUGGAUUUAUCGAUCUUUUAUACAAAGCAUAAACUUUCUUUAUUCUUUUAUCGUUUAUUUUAUUAUAAAAGG